AUGUCAAGCCAGCAAAUUGGGCCAACUGAGCUGGAGAAAGAGAAGAGGGCUGAUCUUUCCACAGCCAUCAAGAGGUCUGACAGUGUCAGGUCGCGGAGGAAAGUGUCGGCUGUCAGUGAGCGGUCUGAUACUUCUGAGCACUUGGAGCAAGAGGCAUCCGGCGAAGAGUCUCCAGGAGUGUUGAGCAACGAGGAGCUGCCUGAGAGCCCUAGUGACGGUGACAUUGACGAGGAGAGCCUGACGUCUACCAUGCCUUGGCUCAAGGUUAUAGUACGAAUGUCAUCGCUGUACAACAUGACCUGCACCCACCAGACCUUCUGUCAUCCUCACUGCUACAGGAGGAACAUGCGUGCUUGCAGGAGGCUCAUGCAUGCUGUCAGGAAGAUAUAUGGUGAGGAGUUUGAAGAGCAGGAGGAGGAGCCAGCGGGUGCUGUUGACGUGGGUCAGGACGCAAAGAAAGAUAAAAAGCAAGCAAGAAAAGCAUCAGAACAGGGCCACAGUUCACCCCUAAAAAGAAAAGAGAGCUUUGCACGGCGUGAUAAGAUCGAUCGCAGUGUAGACAUUUCAGCAGUAUUAUCAAGGCUAGGUCACCACCAAGGGUCAGCUGUUCAUCUUUCCAAGGAUACCAUAGAUACGGAUGGUGAUGGGAAGGAGAUGAUGAAGGAGAGUAGCAACAAGGAUGAAGAGAAAAAGAAGACUAGGAAGGGUGAUACACCAAUAAUUAAAUAUAUGAAAACUCAGGUAAGAGAAACACUGAUCAUACUCUGGUAAAGUAAUUAAAUGUUGACUUGUGCAUAAAAACGCUCAGUGGCAGCCAAAAGUAAAUGCUAUAUGACAAAGCUAAUUCAAGUAUGUCGUAAAUUUAAAGAUGGGCCAAGUGCUGGAGCUCAGCCCCAGCCUCUCAAAACCUCGAAACUAUGCGUACAAAGAUUAUUCUUAAAAUUAUGAAAGACUCCGAAUAAUUCGGUGCUAUCAAGAGAAAUUAUCAAUAGAAAAAAACGAUAAUUGUUUUCGGCUGUAAUGGAAAACUUAUAUAAUCAGGAACAUUAAGAUACAAAUUAGAGAAACGAUUUAUGCUAUAAUAAACCAUGCUUAUAGUUAUU